AACUGGUCCGAAUAUUCUGCUAGUUAUAUUCUUAAGUUUGUUAUUGUUGUCUCAGCACUACAGUUGACGUGAUCUUCCUUUUGAUAUAGAUUGGCAUGUCUUGUAUACAACGCAGUUAACUCAAAAGUCGAAGAAAUAUCAUGAUGGCUUCUUACGUUCUACAAGCAGUGGACCUAUUACUAGGCAGGUCAAGCUCUACAGUCUACGUCUCCUACUGAUCUUUAACCUCAGAUAGUACCAGCUUUCUUGUUGCUGAAUUAUCGUCUCUUCCUUCCUUUAUUAGCUGGUUUUCUUCUUCAUGGUUUGUGCACUUCUCAUCAUGCUAGUGGGAAACUUUUGUCAGGAUAAAUGUGGCUCAGAGGAUUGGAAACCUUUUUCAUGGGUGUUUUGCCAGGUUUUCUUGUAUGAUACGAGCUGGAAAUUUUUAGAUUGCAGGUUCCUGAGCAAAGCUGAAGAAGUAAGCCCUGGAAAGAUGAUGGAAUUUCCUGGUCAUUUGGUUGAAGUUGGCAACCAUGAAGUCAACCGUGAAUCUUUAAGGGAUCUAAAGCAUGUGGAAACAGCUUCAGUUCUCUUCACAAAUUCAAUAUGCAAAAGCAGCGGCAUAAUGUUGCUACUGUUAACUCUGCUGCAAAAGGAGAAAAAGAGGACAGAUUCAUCAGAAUAAGGCAAAGGGGAAUAUAUUAGAU